AUGGCAUCGUCUCAAUUUGUUCGUCGUAUUAUUACAACAUCUGAAGCUGGACCUGUCGGUGGACCAUAUAGCCAAGGUGUUGUAAUUGGACACACAUUGUAUUUAAGUGGAUCUAUUGGACUUGAUCCUAAAACUGGUCAAUUUGCUGGUGAAGGUGUACAAGAACAAGCUCGUCAAUCAUUGAAAAAUCUUGGUGAAGUACUGAAGGCUGCAGGUGUUUCAUAUAAAAAUGUUGUAAAAACUAAUGUUUUUCUCAAAGAUAUGAAUGAUUUUGCCGCAAUGAAUGAAGUUUAUUCUGAAUUCUUUUCGGAUCGUCAUCCAGCUCGAUCAACUGUUCAAGUAGCUGCUCUUCCAAGAAAUGCUAAAGUUGAAAUUGAAGCCGUGGCUAUAUUAGGUGACAUUCAAGACGAAUGA